CCCACCAACAAAUAAGAGAGAAUUAUUUAACUUGCGUCAUGCGUCACUGCGAAAUGUGGUGGAGAGGGCAUUUGGUGUGAUCAAGAAACGUUUCCCAAUUAUGAAAAGUGCUGAUGAGCCGAAUUUUAAAGUAAAGACGCAAAAGAAAAUAAUAGUGGCUUGCUCAAUUUUGCACAACUAUUUGUUACGUGGAGAUCCUGAUGAGGCUUGGGACGAAGACACGGAUGAAGACGAAGAUGACAACCUUGACGGGAACGAGAACACAAUACCUCACGCUCGUAGUGGGAACGAGAACACAAGGAUGGCAGAAGAAUUACGUGAUUCCAUUGCAAAGGCCAUAAUGGCUACAAAAACCAAUCGGGCAGGUGUGCGCACAACAACCUGGACUGAAGACAUGGAUGAGUUUCUUAUCGAUGCUCAUUUGGAACAACACAGAAAAGGAAAUCGUGUUGGAGGUACAUUCACUCCUCGAGCUUAUGACUAUAUUUUGAAAGAGUUGAAAGAAAAAUAUCCAGAUGAGAAUUGGACAAAAGACAAGUUUCGUGGGCAUAUGCGGCUACUUAAAGGCAAAUUCUCAGCUGCGUUUGAUGUUUUCCGACACAUCUCAACCAGUGGUUGGGGCUUCAACUCAACCACAAUGACUUGGGACGUCGAUGAUGAUGUGUGGGAUGCUUUUGUGGAGGCUCAUCCAGAAGCAAAAGAAUGGCGAGAUAAGCCAAUACCAUUUUAUGAUAAGAUGUGUGAGUUGUAUGCAAGAGAUAGAGCUACUGGAGAGUUUGCAGAAACACCGUCAGAGAUGCGACAAUCUAGAGAAGGUGGCUCAGAUGCUUUCACAGGUAUUCAGAGUGAUUGUGGAAUUAUAAAUGAUAUUGAUGAUUUGUUAUCCAACAAUGAGUGCACUCUAGAGGCUUCUCCCACCCCUCUCGUCGGUAAUACAAAGCAAGUUGGAGGUGAUGAUGCACCAAAAUCUUCGGAGAAUAUGUCUAAAGACAAGACUAGGAAAAAGAAAAAAAUUAAACUAAGUGAUGAAGAAUUUCUUACGAAAUCGGUGACUUUAAUUUCGGAUGCAAUGAAAACAUGUACUUCUGAGUAUUUGAAAGAAAAGAAUCCGCUACCCCCAGCAGAUAUAUGGAACCUUGUUGGAUCGCUGAGUUUCGAGGGAAGUCGUAAGAGUCAUGCGUACAUGUUCCUUUUGGAGAAACCUGUGACUGUGAAAGCAAUUCUUGGAUUACCGGAGGAAGUACGCGAAAGUUUUCUCAAUGAUGUUCUGAACAAGGAAGGAAUCUGAAGUGGUCACUAUUUUAUUUAUCAUAACACUUGUGUCUAAAUAUGUCGUUUUUUGUGAACAUAUGUUACAUUUGAAGUCAUUGUCCAUGUUUUUUGAUGUGUGGAAGAACAAUAUGUUUGAUGUUUUUAUUAUGAAAUGUGUGACAACUAAAUUUUGAUUAGUUGCAUUUAUAUAAGAUGAUGUUACUUAGAAGUUUCGUCUCAGAGUGUUAUCUUA